UGCGCCGUCCCUUGCCGUAUAACGCAACGGCUUGGCGCUAUGGAGGCAUCCCGGAAGACGGUACCGUCAGUCUCACAGUGGUUGUCCCAAACACAAACCCAUACCGUGUGGCUCCUUCUGCUCUCUGUAUCGCUCGCUGCCGCCAACUCAAUGGCAGAUAAGACUCAGCUGCCGAGCAGAGACCGCGCUCUGAGAGGAAGAGAGGAGAAAAUGGUCGUGGCAGACAAGCAUGCAGUCAAUGGGAAUCCCACUGUGGAGCCUUUUCCAGAAGGCACGGAGACCAUCAUGUUUGGUAUGGGCUGUUUCUGGGGAGCUGAGAGACUUUUCUGGCGGCUUCAAGGAGUCUUCUCCACACAGGUGGGCUAUGCCGGCGGCUUCACACCCAACCCCACUUACCACGAAGUCUGCUCAGGUCUGACGGGUCACACUGAGGUGGUGAGGGUCGUCUUCUUCCCGAAAGACAUCAGUCUUAAGGAGCUGCUCAAACGCUUUUGGGAGAGCCACGAUCCUACACAAGGUAUGAGGCAGCAGAAUGACCGUGGUACUCAGUAUCGUUCAGCCAUUUACACAUCCAACCCCACUCAACAGGAGCUUGCAUUGAAGAGCAAAAUGGCCUUCCAGCAGGAGCUGGAUAAAAAAGGCUACAGUGCUAUCACUACAGAGAUCAAGGAGGGGCAUAAGUUCUACUACGCUGAGGACCACCACCAGCAGUACCUGAAGAAGGUACCUAAAGGCUACUGUGGCCUCAAAGGAACCGGCGUCUCUUGUCCCAUUGGCGCCGGGAAGGAUGAACUUUGACCGAUGUGUGGUGAGAAAGAUGAGGUGCUGUGUUAUUUACCAUCCUUAAUCUUGCUUUUUUUUGUAACUAUCUGAUAGACUGGUUAAAUAUAUGCAUUUCAGGUGUAUCUAUCAGUAGUUUUUAACAUAAUAUCUUAUAACUUAGAUUGCAAAUACAUUACCAAGGCUCAGGGAAUUUAGUGAAUAUAGUGUCUGCACCAAAAAAGUGCUUUUAAUAAGAUACAAAAAUGCAUAAAAACAGCAUUUAGGAGACAGCCCAGUAGCUCACCUGGUAGAGUAAAUAUAAAGGCUAAGGCCUUACACAGUGGCCCAGGUUCAAAUCCUGCCCCAAGCCCAUUCCCCUCUCUCUACUGUCACUAUCCAACAAAUCAAAGUAAAAAAAUAACAGUAUAUCAAAAGACAGCGAGGAGGAACUUGAUUUUUAAGUUAUCAGCUGUAUCAGUGUCUGUUGCAGCAACAGUCAGUUUCCAUAAGGUGGGGCUAUUUCUCAAAAAAACACUAGAGCUCCAGCAGAAUGUUUUUAUUGCAUCCUUCAAUGUGACACAGUGUGUAAUAAACCAUGUGAAAACUUUGUCUUCCAAAGUUGGUUGAUUGGAAGAAAAUCAACCAACAUGAAUGGAUUUACAGUCCAGCAACCUUUUCUCACCCAUUUUAAAGCCAGAACACUCCAGAGAGCUCAGGUAUUACUGUUAAAAUUCUUAAAUGCAGAAUUGAAUGACAAUGAGAAGCUUAGUAACAAGGCAAUCUUGAAUUUAAUGCAAUCUUAUUAUUUUCAUUUUACUGUGAAUACGUAAUGUAAAUGAAUAAAGACGGACUGAGCACUGCCUUAUUUUCUUUCUCACUGUGAAAAUUAAUAAAAAACAUCUCCAACCUUU